AUCGAUCAAAUAAUUGUGUGCAGUUUUUGACUCGAUCUGAAAAGUAAUUCUCCCACCGCAAAGCCAAUGACUGCGAUUAAAAAUGUCGUUGAUCUGGAUGAUAUGUUCUACGAGAAUCUGUCCCUCGGGUUGGCAAAGAAAUUUGUAGAUAGCAUUCCCCGGAUAACGAACGUGACCUGCGAGAAGCGUCUGCCAUGCGAGAAGGCUCAGGUUACGGCAUGGGAAUCGAGGCACAAUAUCUACCUUCCGGACGAUAUGAAACGAUUCUAUCUAUCAACUGAUGGAUUUAACUUUUAUUGGAGCUACCAGUAUUCGCCUAAUGAUAUCCGGCGAGUGGGCCACAUCCACAUACCGCAUCUCAUUCAAAUCACCCUGGUUCGAGAUAACAUCGACACGAUACUGAGUUCAUGUCCCAACACUGCCGUAACGAUCCCACCCAUCAUACGCCAAUCGAAUUACAUAGACUCCGCUUCAGGAUAUUUGAACCAAUUGAAUCUAAACUCGAGGAGCAAAAUCUUCGAACUGAGCACAAUUACCGAUCUUGCCAAAGUGUGUCUGGUGUACGAAACGCCGGAAACGUCCAAUCCGAAGAUCUUCUUGCUCGAGAUGAGUAGUUUCAAGUGGCAAUUUCUGGCGGACACUUUCACCGAGUAUUUGCGUAUGAGCAUCGCCCAUCUAGGGUUGCCCUAUUGGGAGUUGUGCUUUUCCAGCUGUGGGCUGCCCUCCUGGACUGAGCAACUGUUUCUGUUGCUUGCUCCGCAUUUACUAGAGAAGAACGAACAUCGCCGAUUGAGGAACAUCGUCUGUGUCAACGAAAACCCACCCUACAACUCACUAGAUCCGGCUGUCUUCAGAACCAAGCCUCGAUGCUCCCGACAGAGUCAAAAGAACCGGCUAAACAGUUAGACGAUAUGUAUUAUAAAUGAUAUUGUAAAAUGUAUUGUUUUUGUACAUUGCCAUUUAACAGUUUGGUUUAACUUAAUUUUAAGUGAUAAUACUAGGAACCAAAUA